ACAGUUUGGAGCUGGAGCGGAUAGGAGAAGUUGCACCGCCCCGGUUCAGGCAGCAGGGCUGGAGCAGAUAAAAGCUCAGAUAGUGAUUGAAAGUGAUGGUAAAAGGAUUUAGCCCAGGCAUUAACCGAGGGAGAGAGAGGGAGAGAGAGAGAGAGAGAGGAGGGAGAUAUUUUCCAUAAAGCCUUUUUUUUCCUCCUCUCUUUCUUUCUGCCCUUGAGCAUCCCGGGUAAACCCGAGCUUUGUAAAAGUGGGAAAAGGAAGUGGAGAGGAGGGGAAGAAGGGCGGGCACAAGCCUUUUUUUCACAAACUCAAUAUUUUAUACUUUUGAUACUCCUUGACGCUGGAUUUCAGUCCUGUUUUCGCAGCCGUUUCCAGAUCUAGGACACCGAUCUACCGUGCGCAGCCAUCUACGCUGUGAUCAAAAAGUAUCCGUCGGACGGCAAAAAAAGGGAAAAAAGAAAUAAAACAGAAAAAGAAACCAAACAAACAGCGAGCCGGCUGAUAAUGGGAGUACAGUGAGGACCGCGGCGGGGGACGAGUAGACUGGAUGGUAAAGGGGAUCUUUUUUUCUUUUUUUUUUGGCCAAACGGGGGGGUGGACGUGCACGCACUCCGAGCAAAGUGCUGACCUGCCCGACAGAUGCAUGUCAGAAGACAAUCGGAAGAGCUCAACAAAUCUGAAAUGUCCAAUGGAUACAUCUGGAGACGCAUCAACUUCUCCUCCAUCCUCUCCAACUAGCUCCGCCGUUUCCCUGAAGGACACCGCUCUGUGAGACAUGGAUCCGCGCAAACAUCUCCCACCCAACUCCCUGCAACACUAUGGUUAGAGUGCAUGCCGAGACUCCUCUCCGUAACAUUAUCCACCCCCACGCCCACUGCCCAUCUUCCUCAGGAAAUCAGCCAUCAAAACAGUGAAGUGUCCUGCUUUCCUUUCCUCUUUGGGGCUGCCAAUAACUGACGAGAAACGCUGAGAGAAAGCUGCCGAUUCAGUGUUUCAUUUUGGGGAAUUAAUAAACCUGGAGGCAGGUGGUGUCAAUUUACCCUGACCUCUCCAUUCCAAACACAGCAGUAUGGUGGUAGGGAUGUGCACUGGUUCCCUAUGAUUAUCGCUCCAUGCUCGUAACCUGUCCUCUGAGCUCUGUGGCCCCCUCACCCUGUGCCGGACCCCUCUCCAAAUACCCCCCCAGCCUGCCAUGCUCCUUCAGGCUGUGUUGCUGCUGCUGCUGCGCUGCUUGGCCUCCACUCUGGGCCAGUACGAACUGUGCAAAUCCCUGGUGAGCACGGACGAGGGCUCGGUGUGGGAGCAUUACGCCUGCCAGCCAAAACCUAGGUCCAUGAAAGACUUUAUGCGGAUCAAGGUGGAUCCACCUGGAAUCACAUGUGGAAGGCCACCGGAGAGGUUCUGCACUCUGGAGAACCCAUACCUAUGUAGUGACGAGUGCGAUGCCUUAAAUCCAGACCUUGCCCACCCUCCUCAGCUGAUGCAGGACAAUGAGCGCAACGGCCUAAUUACCUACUGGCAGACAGUAACAUGGCGAAACCACCCACUGCCCCUGCUGGCCAACGUCACCAUGUCCUGGAACAAGAGUCUGGAGCUCACAGACGAUAUCCAGAUCUCCUUUGAAUAUGGCCGCCCUACAAUCAUGGCUCUGGAUAAGUCCAUGGACCACGGACGCUCCUGGCAGCCCUACCAGUUUUAUGCCGACGACUGUCUGGAUGCAUUCAACAUGCCACCCAAACAAGUGCGCGAUCUCUCACCUGCUAACAUCACACGGGUCAUCUGCACUGAGCAGUACUCGCGCUGGGUUGGCUCCAAGGGUGAAAAGAAUGUGAAGUUUGAGGUGCGGGCACGAUUUGCUGUGUUUGCUGGACCUCGGCUACAGAACAUGGACAACCUGUACGCCCGAAUGGAAAGUAUGAAGGGACUGAAGGACUUCUUCACCUUCACCAACCUUAGGUUGAGGCUGCUCAGGCCUGCCCUCGGAGGUACCUAUGUCCAGAGAGACAACCUACUCAAGUACUUCUACGCCAUCUCCAACAUCGAGGUACCUGCCAGGUGUAAGUGUAACCUCCACGCCUCCCAGUGCCUGCCAGAUGAGGAUGGCGGGAACCUCCAGUGCCAGUGUGAGCACAACACCACAGGCCAGGACUGCCAGCGCUGCAAGAAGGGCUUCAAAGCCAAGUCCUGGAAAGCAGGUUCCUACCUGCCGGCACCCAACGGAACCCCCAACACGUGUACAAUUGCUGGUUCCCCCUCUGGUUCUACCACAACAGGAACUUCAUCUAGGACGUUUACCGCUCCCAAAGCUGAUGACGGGACAGAGGUGAAAGCUGGAGUUGAAACUAAGGGUGAAACUGAAGGUGAGGGCGGGCCCAAGGGCGACGUGGAAACAACCACAAACAUCUCUGAAGCUGAACGGUCCCCCGCUGUUACCCACAAACCACUUGGAGGCCUUCAGGAAGAAACCCACAAGUCAGAGGAACAGCUGCAUGAGACUCAUGGCCACAAAGCUACAUCUUUGUUUGAGCACGGGGAGAAAAUGGAGGAGCAUUCAGGAGGAGAAACUGAAAGAAAAGUUUCCCACGAGUCUGAAAAAGAUUCACAUGAGAUUCGUGGCCACAAAACUACUUCCUCGUCUGAACACGCAGCAGGAAGGGAGGAGGAAGAUGAGGAAGACGAAAGAAAAUCCAAAGAGACAGUCUCUCACAAGUCUGAGGAGCUCGUACAUGAAACUCACGGACACGCAUCCACAACCCAGUCUCAGCACGGGGAAGAGAAGCACGCAGAAAGCAAAGUUUCCCACGCAUUUGAGGAACACGACGCUCACGGCCACAAAACGACAGCCUCAUCUGAGCACGGUGGAAAUUCACAUGAGGUGGUGCAUCGAGAACGAGGAGAAGAACGGAAAGUUUCCCACAUGUUUGAGGGGCACGCACGUGAGACUCACGGCCACAAAACAACAACCUCACCUGAGCAUGGCGACGGGCAUGAAGAAAGAAAAGCUGAAGGGAAAGCUCCCCACAAUUUUGUGGAACACGUACACGAGAUUCACAGCCACAAACCAACAACCUCAUCUGAGCAUGGGGAGGAAAGAAAGGAGGAGGAGAGUGAAAGUAAAGGAGAACACACACACGAGACUCACGGUCACAGAACAACCUCACGUGUUCACGGAUGGAGACACGAGGAGAAUAAAGUAAUACAUCCUGAAACAACAGACCCCCACACAUUGGAGGGGCAUGUACAUGGGGCCCACGGUCACACAACAACAACCUCAUCUGAGCACAGACAGCAGGAGCAUAUGGAAAGAAAACCUGAAGGCCAACACAAGUCUGAGGAACACAUACAUGAGGCCCAGAGCCACAAUAUACCAUCUGAGCACAGAACAGCUGAAAUUACAGCCUCCCACAACCCUGAUGGACAUGUGCAUGGAGGACAUGUAGAAGAAGCCCAUGGCCACAGAUCAACAUCUGAACAUGGACACCAGAAGCCUGAGGGACAUGUGCAUGGAGGACAUGUAGAAGAAGCACAUGGUCACAGAUCAACAUCUGAACAUGGACACCAGAAGCCUGAGGGACAUGUGCAUGGAGGACAUGUAGAAGAAGCACAUGGCCACAGAUCAACAUCUGAACAUGGACACCAGAAGCCUGAGGGACAUGUGCAUGGAGGACAUGUAGAAGAAGCUCAUGGCCAUAGAGCAUCUGAACAUGGAGACCACAAGCCUGAGGGACAUGUGCAUGGUGGACAUGCAAAAGAAGCACAUGGCCACAGAUCAACAUCUGAACAUGGACAUCAGAAGCCUGAGGGACAUGUGCAUGGAGGACAUGUAGAAGAAGCUCAUGGCCAUAGAGCAUCUGAACAUGGACAUCACAAGCCUGAGGGACAUGUGCAUGGAGGACAUGUAGAAGAAGCUCAUGGCCACAGAUCAACAUCUGAACAUGGACACCAGAAGCCUGAGGGACAUGUGCAUGGUGGACAUGCAGAAGAAGCACAUGGCCAAAGAUCUGCAUCUGAACAUGGACAUCACAAGCCCGAGGGACAUGUGCAUGGUGGACAUGUAGAAGAAGCUCAUGGCCAUAGAGCAUCUGAACAUGGACAUCACAAGCCUGAGGGCCAUGUGCAUGGGGGACAUUUAGUAGAAGCUCGUGGCCACAAACCAACAACUGAACAUGGACAUCACAAGCCUGAGGGACAUGUGCAUGGAGGACAUGCAGAAGAUGCACAUGGCCAAAGGCCUGCAUCUGAACAUGGACAUCACAAGCCUGAGGGACAUGUGCAUGGGGGACAUGUAGAAGAAGCUCAUGGCCAUAGUGCAUCUGAACAUGGACAUCACAAGCCUGAGGGACAUGUGCAUGGAGGACAUGUAGAAGAAGCUCAUGGCCAUAGAGCAUCUAAACAUGGAGACCACAAGCCUGAGGGACAUGUGCAUGGAGGACAUGCAGAUGAUGCUCACGGCCAAAGGCCUGCAUCUGAACAUGGACAUCACAAACCUGAGGGACAUGUGCAUGGUGGACAUGUAGAAGAAGCUCAUGGCCAUAGAGCAUCUGAACAUGGAGACCACAAGCCUGAGGGACAUGUGCAUGGAGGACAUGCAGAAGAUGCUCAUGGCCAAAGGCCUGCAUCUGAACAUGGACAUCACAAGCCCGAGGGACAUGUGCAUGGUGGACAUGUAGAAGAUGCUCAUGGCCAUAGAGCAUCUGAACAUGGACAUUACAAGCCUAAGGGACAUGUGCAUGGGGGACAUGUAGAACAAGCUCAUGGCCAUAGAGCAUCUGAACAUGGAGACCACAAGCCUGAGGGACAAGUGCAUGGUGAACAUGUAGAAGAAGCUCAUGGUGGCAGACCUGCAUCUGAACAUGGACACCACAAGCCUGAGGGACAUGUCCAUGGGGGACAUGUAGAACAAGCUCAUGGCCAUAGAGCAUCUGAACAUGGAGACCACAAGCCUGAGAGACAUGUGCAUGUUGGACAUGUAGUAGAAGCUCGUGACCACAAACCUACAAGUGAACAUGGACACCACAAGCCUGAGGGCCAUGUGCAUGGGGGACAUUUAGUAGAAACUCGUGGCCACAAACCAACAACUGAACAUGGACAUCAUAACCAUGAUGGACAUGAGCAUGGGGGACAUGUAGAAGAAGCUCAUGGCCAUAGAGCAUCUGAAUAUGGACAUAACAAGCCUGAGGGACAUGUGCAUGAAACUCAUGGCCACAGAAUAACAACCUCAUCUGAACAUAGGCAUGGAAGGGAGGAAAGGGGACAUACAGAAAGAAAAGACUCGCACAACUCUGGGGGACACAUAUAUGGCCACAAAACUUCAUCUGAGCAUGGAGAGGUGGAACAUACAGACAGACAAGCUGCUGUUUCAGACCACCACAAGUCUCAUGGACAUAUGCAUGAGGCCCAUGGCCACAUAACAACAUAUGGACAUGGAAGGGAGGAAGAGAGGCAUACAGAAAGAAGAGUCUCGCACAACUCUGAGGGACACACACAUGGCCACAGAACCUCAUCUGAGCAUGGCGAGGAGCAUACACCCAGGCAAGACCACCACAAGUCUGCCGGACAUGUUCAUGAGAGUCAUGGGCACAUGACAUUAACAACCUCGGGCAUGGGGGAAGAAAGUCAUAGAGAAGGAAAAGCGCACCAUGGCAUUGAAAAAGCAGAAUGGGAAGUAGUUGGUCGUGAGGAGGAUGAAGACAGAGAAGAGGAGAAGCAAAAAGGGAAAAGGAGAGGGCUGCUGAAACUUUUGAUCUCAGGAGAGCCCCAGGCCAAACAGUUGUUUGGGAUCAUAUACGAUGAUUUCAAAGACUGUGAGUGCUACGGCCACUCCAAUCGCUGCAGCUACAUCGACUACCUGAACAUCGUCACAUGCGUCAGCUGCAAGCACAACACCAGGGGCCAGAACUGCCAACACUGCAGACUGGGAUUCUACCGCAACGCCUCUGCCGAACUGGAUGAUGAGAGCGUCUGCAUCGAGUGUAACUGCAACCAGAUGGGCUCUGUUCAUGACCGGUGUAACGGCACAGGUUUCUGCCAGUGUAAAGACGGGGCCACGGGGGCCAAAUGUGACGACUGUCUGCCAGGAUACUACUGGAAGCAAGGCUGUUACCCUAACGUUUGUGACGAGGAGAUGCUCCUGUGCCAGAACGGAGGAACGUGCUACCAGAACCUGAAGUGCAUCUGUCCUCCAGAGUUCAAGGGGGUACUGUGCCAACAUUCGCGCUGUGAGGCGGGCAAGGACUGCAACGGCGCUUCUUUGCCGCACCCUUCCACGGCCACCCUGCUGCUCGGCACUCUGCUAACCUACCUGCUGGCCACAUUAACGCCCCAUUGAGCCACGAAAAUCCUCCCCACCCCCCAAACUCCACCCACCCCCCUGCCUCACACCUAAAACAUGUGUAUAUGAGCGUAUUUGUGAGGCGACGGGUUACCCAAAAUGGGAAUGGGUCAUCCCUGUAAUGGACCCAACACUGCAGCACUCUUAAAAGCGCACACGCUCACCGAUCACUACUCGACUCCCGCUCCCGUUUCAAACACACAUGCGCACUUCACAGGACUGUAAUUGCACUGGGUGUACACUCAGGUGUGCGAAGGACAAACAGAGAAUAAAUAUGAGCAACCUCACAGAAGAAAGAUGCAGUCAAAAAGGGGGGGGAAAAAAGAAAAAUCAUACCAACCACUGUUCCCUUUAUUCCUAAGCUGGAGCAAUGUGCAUCAAACCAAAAAG